AAACUCAUAACCUUCAGAUGUAUCUUUGGUGUUAUGUCAGUUUGAUUUGCUCAUUUAAUCCCUUUUCUUAUCUUUAUGUGUUUGUCGUUUCAGUGGCUAAUCGGAGACAGAGACAGUCACUGUGGGGUCAUCUGCUCGCGGACGCAGGGGAAGCCGGUGUGCGGCUCAGAUGGGCGGAGCUAUGAGACCGGCUGUGAGCUGCAGAGGGCGCGCUGCAAAGAUAAAACACUGACGCUCGCUCACCGUGGCCGCUGUCGAGGUAAAAACUGGAUGAAGAUCGAUCAGCUGCCGGUGGCUCCAGCACCGACGGUGGCAUCGGAGGGCAGAGACCUGGAGCUGAAAGACGGAGGUCAGUCAAAGUGUCGGGUUGAGAGGAACCAGGCUCUGGAGCAGGCCAGGAGACCUCAGGAGUCCAUGUUCGUCCCAGAAUGCAACGAGGACGGAACAUUUGCCCAGGUCCAGUGCCACACGCUGACAGGUUACUGCUGGUGUGUCACCGGUGACGGGAAGCCAGUGAGUGGCUCCUCUGUGCACAACAGGACCCCGGUGUGUUCAGGAAACUUCCGUGAAUUUAUGGGAACUCAUGCUGGGACAAGUGGAUUGUCAGGGUCAGUAACCGAUAGACCACCCGGGCCACCGAACUCUGGUAGAAAAGAUGAUGGCUCCAAGCCCACACCCACCAUGGAGACCCACGUCCCCCCUGAGGGUGAUGCAGAGAUAACUGCUCCGACACUGUGGAUCAAACAGCUGGGUUAUAAGGAGAAUAAGCAGAACAGCUCCAGCUCCAGGAAACAAGAGAAAGUUCCCUCUUGUGACCAGGAGCGACAGAGCGCGCUGGACGAGGCUCGGCAGAAUCCUCGCGAGGCCAUUUUCAUCCCCGACUGCGGGCCCGGAGGCCUUUACAAAGCGGUCCAGUGCCACCAGUCCACGGGCUACUGCUGGUGUGUUCUGGUGGACACGGGACGGCCCAUUCCUGGAACCUCCACGAGGUACCAGACGCCCGAGUGUGACGGCGCUGCCCGAUCUCGAGUCUCUGACACAGAGGAUCCUUUCCAGGGCAGAGACCUGACAGGCUGCCCGGAGGGGAAGAAAGUGGAAUUCAUCACCAGCUUGUUAGAUGCCCUCACCACAGACAUGGUGCAAGCCAUAAACUCACCAGCCCCCUCUGGUGGUGGGAGGUUCGUCGAGCCUGAUCCCAGCCACACUCUAGAGGAGAGGGUGGUGCACUGGUACUUCGCCCAGCUGGACAACAACAGCAGCCACGACAUCAACAAGAAAGAACUGAAGCCUUUUAAAAGGUACCUGAAGAAGAAGGCCAAACCCAAGAAAUGCGCCCGCAAGUUCACCGACUACUGUGACCUGAAUAAGGACCGAGCCAUCUCCCUGCAGGAGCUGAAAGGCUGCCUGGGUGUCAGCAAGGAGGGCGGCUCGACGACAAGCGGCAACCAAGGGACAAGGCAAGGGACAAAGUUGUUCAGUAAGGUCAACUAA